CCAUCCUCCUCCUUGAGAGUAGUCAGUCAUUGCUUAAACCCUAAACCAGCCAGCCUCCAUCCCUUGCUUGCUCACUCGGCUUUCAAGCUCUCACUGCAGCAAUGGAGGAAGAGCUUCGUAUUCGACUCAAUGAUCAUCAGGUUUCAAAGAUUUUCCCUGUGAAACCAAAAUCAACGGCAAAAUCUGUAUCUAAUUCGGAGACUCCCGAUUCCCGAUACUGGUCCUCCUUCAAAGCUCAAUCCAUACCUAAUCUCGUCUCCUCCGUCUCCGCCUUGGCUUUCUCUCCGGUCCACCCUCACUCCUUGGCCGUCGCGCACUCCACCACCGUCUCCCUCUUUUCCUCGCAGACGCUCUCCGCCACCCGCCGUUUCUCGUUCCGAGAUGUUGUGUCGUCCGUAUGUUUCCGUUGCGACGGCGCUCUUCUCGCGGCAUCCGAUCUCUCCGGUCUGGUGCAGGUAUUCGACGUCAAGGAACGAAUGGCUCUCCGUAGUCUCCGGUCACACACGGCACCCGCGAGAUUCGUCAAGUAUCCGUUUCAGGACAAGCUUCACUUGGUAUCCGGAGGCGACGAUGCGGUGGUCAAGUACUGGGACGUGGCCGGGGCAACGGUCAUCUCAGAUCUGUUGGGGCACAAGGACUAUGUGCGGUGCGGUGACUGCUCACCGGUGAACGAUUCGAUGUUCGUAACAGGAUCAUACGACCAUACAGUAAAGGUGUGGGAUGCGAGAGUGGACAAAUCGAAAUGCAUCGCUGAGAUCGACCAUGGGAGUCCAGUGGAGGACGUGGUAUACCUGCCGUCGGGUGGGAUGAUCGCAACGGCCGGUCUGAAGAGCGUCAAGGUCUGGGACUUGAUCGGAGGCGGGAAGAUGGUUUGCUCGAUGGAGAGCCACAACAAGACUGUGACGUCUCUCUGCGUUGGGAGGAUGGGAUUGGAUGAUGAAGCAGCGGAGAAUCGACUUGUGAGCGUUGCUUUGGACGGAUACAUGAAAGUGUUUGAUUACGGGAGAGCAAAGGUGACUUACUCCAUGAGGUUUCCUGCUCCUCUCAUGUCCGUCGGGCUCUCUCCCGAUUGUUCCACUCGGGUCAUCGGAGGGUCUAACGGCGUGGUGUUUGCCGGAAAGAAGAAGCUGAAAGACGCGGGGGAGAAGAAGAAGACGACUAGUAUGAGCCUCUGGAGUGUCAGGAGCGAACUGGAGGAGAGUAGGAGAAGGGCUCUGAGGCCGACGUAUUUCAGGUAUUUCCAGAGGGGGCAGAGCGAGAAGCCGUCGAAAGAGGAUUACCUGGUGAAGGAGAAGAAAGGAAUGAAGCUGACAAGGCACGAUAAGCUGUUGAAAAAGUUCAGGCAUAAGGAGGCUCUGGUCUCGGUUUUGGAGGAGAAGAAACCGGCGAAUGUGGUGGCGGUGAUGGAGGAAUUGGUGGCCAGGAGGAAGCUGUUGAAGUGCGUGUCGAAUAUGGAGGAAGGAGAGCUGGGAUUGCUGCUUGCUUUCUUACAGAGGUACUGUACCGUGCAGAGGUAUUCAGGAUUGCUCAUGGGUUUGACGAAGAAGGUUUUGGAGAUGAGAGCUGAUGAUAUUAAGGGUAAAGACGAGUUUAAAGUGCUUCUCAGGAACUUGAAGAGGGAGGUUAAUCAGGAGAUCAAGAUUCAACAGUCUCUCCUUGAGAUUCAGGGUCUUAUUGCUCCUUUGAUGAGAAUUGCUGGGAGAAGAUGAUUCAUCAUCAAUCAUUUUUGUUUGCUUCAAAAUGUCUUUUUUUGUUUUCAAUUUAUUUCUGUUUCUGUCUUGUUAUAGAAGAUCACAUACAUUUUCACGGGAAUGUCUGGAUCUACUACAGUAUUAAACUUGUAAGCCAGAAGACAAUUGA